AUGUGGAAAAAGUCUUCUAGUCUGCCAUUGUCUUUGUUGUACGCGGCUGGAAACCCUUACCGAUUGUAUACGAGACUCCUUCAUUCUGCAUCAGAGAGCGACGCGUCAGGUUCUACUGCGGUAGCCGAGGAUGAUGAGGAGCCCUCUUAUACUACUAGUGAUAGUUUUAAGUCGUUCCGGAAACAAGGUGCUUAUUCAAUUCGGAGACCUGAGGCAAGAUGGUCCGUACCACCCUCGAAUGCGCAUGGCUCAGCAGAUAACGGGAUGAGAAAUGGGCCAUCCCCAAGAUGGUCAAGUGGAGGGGCUUCUGAUAGUGCAAGGCCCGCUCCAAGCUCAGCACCGAUAGGUCGGCAUUGGGUGAACCAGCAGAGCUCCUAUGGUCCGCCUUCUCGGCGGGAUAAUACUGGACGAGCAGCAGCUGGGGGUGAUCCGGAUCAUAAAUUUGGCUCAAGGCCUUCAUGGAGCUCUCGUCCCGCCCCCAAGCCUGCAGCUGCUGAAGGUGGUGCUCACGACACACGACCUCCACCUCCAUCGGGUCCUACUCUAUCAUGGGCCAAUUCUAGGACGAAACCCGACACGCCAGAGCGUGGAAAUCCAGGCCCAUCAUCUGGUCCAUUCAGUUCAAGACCAAGGUGGAAUGACCCUCCACCACAGCGGCCUUACCAGCGGACGAAGCAACCUAGCGACAUCUCACCUAUUCGUGCGUCUGGGGGUGGCCGAACUAUAGACCACAGCGGGCCCGAAGUAUCGGACAGAUUUCGGCCGGGUGGGUCACAAGAGGGACCAAUCGGCUACACACGCGGGGUCGGUCAAGUCGGGCCUAGGUUUGAUACAGGAGUCGGUAAGGGCAGCCAAUCCGAAUCACUACCAGUUAAAACUGCCCAUAGUGGGCUUGGGCGAUCCACUGCGACUGACAGGGAAUCGCCAAUCUAUCGUACGUAUACUCCCAAUGCGCCUGAUGACAUCAAGACAUUCAGAUACCACUCACAGAAAGUAUCGGGAAGUGUGGAGUGUUUCUCGCGUACUCAAGAAAUGAACCGCAUGAUAGAGGAGAUAUCAGCUACUUAUGUGCCAAUCAAGACUAAAGAACAAGAUGCUGAACAAAGGAAUGCUCAGGAGGGAGAGGCGGGAAUAACGGGAUUUACAUCCGACAAUGUGGCAAGGGAACUCCGAACCCAGCCGCUUACUCCAGCUGAGCUAGAAUACGAAAGGCGGCAGUCAGCCAAGGCUCGUGGGAGGUCUCGCAGACCUGGGUUUGGUAACGGAGAAUCUGCUAUCUUAGGAGAGGACGGAGGGCCACUGACUGGUAAAGCUGCAAAGAAGGCAAAGAAGGCAAAGAAGAGGGAAAAGCAAGUUGAGGCGGCGCCGGCCAUGGUUCCCCUUUAUCUUCCUGAGUACAUCAGCGUCGCAAACUUGGCAAGGGCGGUGAAGAUGAGGUUGGAUGAGUUUAUAGUUCAAAUGCAAAAUAUGGGCUUUGAAGAUGUCAGUUAUGAUCAUGUGAUGAACGCUGAAGUCGCAGGGCUUAUUGCCAUGGAGUAUGGUUAUGAGCCAAUAGCGGAUAUCAGCGAGGAAAAGGAUCUCCUCCCACGCCCUCCGCCUGAGGAUAGGUCUGUUCUCCAACCCCGCCCUCCAAUUGUCACAAUUAUGGGGCACGUCGAUCAUGGGAAAACAACCCUUCUUGAUUGGUUGCGGAAAUCAUCGAUUGUUGCCACCGAGCAUGGCGGUAUCACCCAACAUAUCGGCGCUUUCUCGGUAACAAUGCCCUCAGGAAGGAUCAUUACCUUCCUAGACACUCCUGGUCACUCUGCGUUCCUGUCUAUGAGGGAGCGAGGUGCCAACGUUACCGACAUCGUGAUUCUUGUCGUCGCAGCCGACGAUUCGGUCAAACCCCAAACUAUAGAAGCAAUCAAACACGCAAAGGCUGCGAACGUACCCAUAAUCGUGGCUAUCAACAAGGUUGACAAAGAGGGCUCAGAUAUCGAUGGUGUCAAGCAUGAUCUCGCAAAGAAUGGAGUGGAUAUUGAAGACUUUGGUGGUGACACUCAGGUUGUGCUUGUUUCUGGAAAGACGGGACAAGGAAUGGGGGAACUCGAGGAGGCUACCGUCACGUUGAGCGAAGUUUUGGAUAUGAGGGCAGAGACAGACGGGCCAUGUGAAGGAUGGGUGUUAGAAGCAGGAACAGAGAAGAGAGGAAGAGUUGCCACAGUUUUGGUAAACCGGGGGACAUUAAGGCCAGGUGACAUCAUUGUCGCCGGACAGACUUGGGCCAGAGUGCGGAGCUUGAUCAACGAGCACGGCGUUGGAGUUGAAUUUGCUGCGCCAGGAACCCCUGUUAAAGUUGAUGGAUGGAGAGACCAGCCAUUGGCUGGUGACUUUGUAAUACAGGCAGUUUCCGAGGACAAAGCAAAGACAGCUAUCAACUUUCGCAUGGAAAAGGCAGAGCGCCUCCGACAAGCCGCAGACAUAGAAGCUAUCAACAACCAACGCCGCGCGCAACGUGAGAAAGAAGCAGCCGAGAAAGAGAUUCGGGAACGAGCCUUAGCAAAUAACCAAGAUCCCGACGCCGCUGUCGCUGCUAGUGAAAAGCUUGCAGCAGAGAGCCGGAAGAAGUACGAGGUUGUCAACUUCAUUGUGAAAGGCGAUGUCGCCGGGUCCGUAGAGGCAGUGGUGGAAGCCGUCUCACCGCUCGGCAACGAAGAAGUCAGGGCACGAGUCAUCAGGUCCUCUUUCGGAGCUGUGACUGAAUUCGACAUAGAUCAUGCUGCUGCAGCCGAAGGCUACGUCCUCUGCUUCAACCUCUCGGUCGAAUCUGAAAUCAUCCAAUACGCCCGAAACAAAGGUGUGACCAUAAUGACCCACAACGUCAUCUAUCGCCUAGUAGACGAAGUCUCCGCGAAGCUCUCUGAAAAGCUUGCCCCACUGAUAAAGCACUCUGUCAAGGCCGAAGCAGAGAUCCUCCAAAUCUUCUCCAUCAACGUGAGGCGGCGAAAGACCACACCAGUUGCAGGAUCCCAGGUGAAGAACGGGAAUCUCUACAAGCACGAUAAGGUCCGGGUGCUAAGGGACGGGAAAAUCAUCUACGAUGGGGAGUUCGAGUCCAUGAAAAUUUUCACCAAGGAGGCCACCGAAGUGAAGAAGGGGGGUGAGUGCGGGCUCGGGUUUAAAGGGUGGGGAGACUUCCAGCCCGGUGACACGAUUCAGACGUAUGAGGUUAUUGAGGAAGCGAGGACUAUCUAG